AUGGACAAGGGAAUACACGGAUAUGCCGACCCAAGGUUCACGGAGCUGUUGGAAGUAUUUCAGAACCAUCUUAAUACAGGAGAAGAGUUGGGGGCUUCUAUUGUUGUCAACAUUGACGGAAAAAACGUGGUCGAUGUUUGGGGAGGCUUCCGAACGCAGGACAAGACCGAGAAUUGGGAGCACGAUACCGUUGUUAACGUCUUCUCCACAACAAAGACUAUUUGUGCCCUUGCUUUACUCAUCCUAGUUGAUCGUGGACUUCUCAACAUAAACGAUAAAGUGCAGAAAUACUGGGCUGAAUUUGCUAGCGAUGGAAAGUCAUGCAUCGAGAUUAGACACAUCUUGUCACAUACGUCUGGACUGUCAGGCUGGGACUCGCAGAUGAAUAUGAGUGACCUGUUCGAUUUUGAUCUGAGUGCUACAAAGCUCGCAGAACAAGAACCAUGGUGGACACCAGGAUCAGCAUCUGGCUAUCAUUCGUGGACCUACGGCUUUCUCAUCGGCCAAUUGGUUCGCAAAAUUACAGGUAAAACCUUGAAAGACUUCGUUGCUCAGGAAAUAGCCGAUCCAUUAGGUGUAGAUUUUGAGAUUGGAGCGUCGGACAAAAACUGGCACCGGAUAUCUUCCCUAGUAUUUCCGGCUUCAAAGGCAAUCUUUCAAAAGACCGAUACAACCUCAAUAUCAGCAAAGUCAUUCGGUAACCCACCUUUGGAUCCAUCUGUUGUCGACAGUCCCGAGUGGAGAGAAGCUGAAAUUGGCUCGUCUAAUGGCUAUGGCAAUGCACUCUCCAUUGCCACUAUGCUGAGUUGUAUCUCACUUGGGGGUAAAGCAAACGGAGUAAGUCUUCUAUCAAAUGAGACAAUUAAUCUCAUAUUCCAAGAACAGUCGAAAGGAAUUGACUUGGUCACUGGGCAAAACAUUCGCUUCGGUAUCGGAUUUGGGCUCUCUGGGAACGACACGGACCUGAAGUGGUUACCGGAAGGGCGUGUGUGUACGUGGGGGGAUAUGGUGGCUCAAUUGCUAUCAUGGAUCUUGAUCGACGCUUGA